GAGAUGCCAGGUACUUUUUUCAAAUGUCUGCAAUAAUAAUUUUAAAAGUCUGGGAAGUACAAAAAAUGUCAGGAAAGCUAGUGUAACCAAAAGCCUUUAUAUUCAAAAAUCUGCAAAUAUCUGCAACAAAACAUAAAAAUCUGCAAAUAUCUGCAACCAAACUAGAAAAUCUGCAAAUAUCUGCGUCAUCCAAAAAAUCUGCAGCUUAAAUUAAAAGUCUGCGAAUUUGCAGACUUGUCUGCAAAUCUGGCAUCUCUGUACCAAACAGGAGAAACUCACUUGAAGAUACUCUCAGAUGUCCAUUCCAACCGAGUGUUUCACGUGCACAAAACUCAUCCAGCAAGAUGUUCCUGUCGUGGUACGUGAUUGCGAAAAAGUACAGGAUGCUUUAGCCAAACAUUUUUGGUUUGCUGAAGAUGAAAGCAAAGCGGCAGUUCUGUGUCAACAGUGCUGGGGCAAGAUCGACGAGUUCCAUAAGUUCUACUGCGAAGUCGAACGAGUACAUACACGUCAGCUACAGCCGAUUCAGUGGUUAAAUGUGAAGGAAGAACCCCUUGAACGGGUUGAUGCUUUAUCGACUAGUAGUACCGAAGAUGUGAAAAACGACGAUGAAGCUUCUCUGGAAUCUGACUCCGAGCAAAAUUCUAAAGAAAAGCAAACAGACGACCCUGUCAAUGACGGGCCUAGGAUCAGAAAACGAAAAAUCUCUCAGCGCGGUCGGAAGCGGACAUCGACCGGAAACCCGCUAGGCCGACCCUCGCAAAGCUGGCAGAAAGAACUAAAAGAUGAGGACUUCAUAUCGCAAAACAUCAACCUAGAAUGCGAUACGUGUGCGACGAAAUGCAGUUCCUUCCAGGACCUACAGCGACACUCUUUAACAAAGCACGACAAACGAGCGUACGUGUUCUGCUGUGGGCUCAAGUUUUGCCGAAGGCCACGGCUCGUAGACCACAUCCAGUUUCAUCUGAACCCGGAACAGUUUCGCUGUGGUGUUUGCUCGAAGCAGUUCCAAAACACUGAAGCGCUUCAGUGGCACAAAGAUAAGGUACACGCCGCGGACGAAGAUAAGACCUUCCAGUGCAGUAUGUGCCCGAAGACGUACUCGCGGAAACGGUUUUUAACCAUCCACGAAAAGUACCACCGAAUGUCGGUGCAGAAAAAAUGGCACUGCUCAAGCUGUGAUAGGUACUUUCUGUACGAAUCGAUCCUGAAGGAGCACCAGCGCAAGGUGCACCAGAAGGAGUUCAAGUACGUGUGCCAUGUGUGCGCGAAAGGUUUCCAGAUUUUGGGUGUGUACACAAAGCACGUGGCGUCGCAUGAUGAGAACGCGGUGGUGGAGAAAGCUCCGAAGGAGCGAGUGCAGUGUCUGGAUUGUGGUGCUUGGGUCAACAAAUCAAGUCUCCGAACCCAUAAACUCGGUCACUCAAGUGGGCAGCAAUCAUGCAAGUAUUGUGGCCAGGAAUGUAAAAGUGUGCUAACGCUGAAGUACCACGAAGCUCAACAUAGAAGAGGUGAUUUAAGUUGUUCGGUGUGCGGGAAGACUUUCAAACGUGGAAUCACAUUAAAGGAACACAUGGCAUCUCAUACGGGCGAAGUGCUGUACAACUGUGAUUUCUGCGACCGAACGUUCAACUCUAAUGCCAACCGAGCGUCUCACAGAAAGAAAAUGCAUCCUAGGGAAUGGUUGGAGGACAAACUGAAGAAAAAUCCUGGUUUACUGUUGGAACAUCAGCCCCAGCUACCGCAGUAACGAAUGCUGGUAAGGGACACUCAAUUAAGUCGAAUAAAUAGUAUU